AUGGACGUGACCGCCUUACGAGACCGGAUACGCUGGACUGUAGAUCCAAAUGCGGAUCUACGGAGGCAAGCUGAACUUGAUUUGAGACAUGUUAUCAAGUUUGUGGAUCAAAGGCCUGUGCAAAGCAUUUGGCUUACUGGCAUAGCUGUCGUCUACCUGAAGAAUCGAGUCAGCAGAGCCUGGACCACUAGCGAUGAAGUCCCGCAAAAUAAAUCAAUACCAGAAGAUGAGAAAGCAAAUAUACGGAACCAGGUUCUGCCUCUGCUUGCGUCGUCACCAUCCCAAAUACGCCUCCAACUGCUUCCCAUCAUUCAAAAAAUCCUCAACAAUGACUUCCCCAAGAGCUGGCCCGAUUACUUCGAAAGAACCAUGGGGCUCCUCGCCACCAACGACGCGAGUUCAGUCUAUGCCGGCCUACAGUGCAUGGUCGCGCUCUGCCGCAUGUAUAGAUUCAAGAGCGGUGAGACGCGCACCGAAUUCAAUCAAAUCGUGGAAGCGUCUUUUCCUCAGGUCCUGAAUGUUGCGAAUGGGCUGCUUUCAGAGACACAUCUCGAGGCCUGGGAGAUGUUACAUAUCAUAAUGAAGGCAUUCAAACAUGCAAUUUAUUUCGAGCUUCCCUCUCACAUAAUGCAGCAGGACCGCACGGUGGGCUGGUGUACUCUGUUCAUUAACAUUGUCAGUAAAACGGCCCCUGAACAUGCUCUGGACGAGGAUUUGGAUGAACGGGAACGAAAUCACUUCUGGAAAUCUAAGAAAUGGGCUUAUGCUAAUCUGAACCGUUUAUUCGUUCGAUACGGCCAUCCCACGACGAAUAAGCAAAAUUCUACUCCAGAGUUGGUGCAAUUCUCAAAGUCCUUCAUCUCAAAUUUUGCACCCGAAAUCCUCAAAGGUUAUCUAGGGGAAAUCGAAAAAUGGGCAUCCAAGACGACGUGGCUGAGCAAAGCCUCUCUUUCUUACACGCUGAUGUUCUUAGACGAAUGCAUAAAACCGAAAUUGAUGUGGAAACUCCUGAGACCACAUCUAGAUACCUUGAACUCGCACGUCAUAUUUCCCAUUCUUUGCCAAUCAGACGAAGAUAUUGAACUUUUUGAUUCGGAUCCGCCAGAGUACUUGCAUCGGAAAUUGAAUUUCUACGAAGAAGUCUCUUCACCUGACGUUGCCGCCACGAACUUUUUGGUGUCACUCACGAAGAGCCGCAAGGAACAAACUUACUCGAUCCUUAACUUCGUAAACAGUGUCGUCAACAAUUAUGAAGCUUCGCCAAGUGACCAAAAGAAUCCACGAGAGAAGGAAGGUGCCUUGAGAAUGAUUGGCACCUUAGCCCCGGUUAUUCUCAGUAAGAAGAGCCCAAUUGCUGAUCAGGUAGAAUAUUUCUUUGUUCGACACGUCUUUCCUGAAUUUCGGAGUCCCCAUGGCUUUCUCCGCGCUCGAUCUUGUGAUACCUUGGGCAAAUUUGAAGCGCUUGAUUUCAAAGAUCACAAAAAUUUACUCACGAUCUAUGGGAAUAUUUUGGAGUCGAUGGCAGAUCCUGCUCUCCCUGUCCGGGUAGAAGCAGCUCUGGCGCUGCAACCAUUGAUAAGGCAUGAAGUCAUUAGGGCCUCCAUGCAGCACAAUAUUCCACAGAUCAUGCAGCAAUUGUUGAAGUUGGCCAACGAAGUGGAUGUCGAUGCUCUCGCAAAUGUAAUGGAGGACUUUGUUGAAGAGUUCGCAACUGAACUUACUCCUUUUGCCGUCGCGCUGAGCGAACAAUUACGUGACACAUAUCUGCGGAUCGUUCGCGAGGUUUUAGAUCGGAGUACCGCCAAAGAAGGCAGCGAUGAAAGCUACGGAGAUUAUCUUGGCGACAAAAGUAUUACAGCUCUUGGAGUUCUUCAGACCAUUGGAACUUUGAUUCUCACACUAGAAGCGACGCCCGACGUCUUAAUGCACCUUGAAACGAUCUUGAUGCCUGUUAUACAAAUCACGCUAGAGAACAAACUAUACGAUCUUUAUAAUGAAGUCUUUGAAAUAAUCGACAGCUGCACCUUCUCGGCAAAGGUCAUUUCACCAACGAUGUGGCAAGCCUUCGAGCUCAUGCACAAGAGCUUCAAAGCUGGAGCUGAAUUAUAUCUAGAGGAUAUGCUUCCUGCGCUGGACAAUUUUGUUGCCUAUGGAUCAGAGACAAUCAUACAACAGCCACCGUACCUUGACGCCCUGAUAGGAAUGGUAACAGAUAUUUUUCAUGAUGAGAAAGUCGGCGGAAUGGAUCGAAUCUGUGGCUGCAAGCUUGCGGAAGCGAUCAUGCUCAAUCUGAGGGGUUUGAUCGACGCGAAGAUUCUAAUCUUCGUAGAGCUCGCUAUGACGGCCUUAUCGAGCCCAGAACCAAAAGUGAAGUCGUAUCGAAUCCGGCUCAUUGAGAUGGUGAUAAACGCCAUCUACUACAACCCACCCGUUGCCCUCCAUAUAUUGGAGAGUCACGGCUGGACCAACAAGUUUUUCAGCGCCUGGUUCUCGAACAUCGAAAAUUUUCAACGAGUUCACGACAAAAAACUAUCGAUUGUGGCUAUUAGCUCACUGCUGACUCUGGAUGCUAGUCAAGUCCCUACUAGUGUUCAAUUAGGCUGGCCACGAUUGAUGCAAGGCGCUGUGCGGCUGUUUCACACACUACCCGCAGCUAUGAGGAACCGUGAAGAAGCUGCAAAGGAGAACGAACUUCAGAACGAGGUAGGCGAUGAAGAGGAUGACGACGAACCCGAAAGCUGGGCCGAGAAUGGUGAUACUUUGACAAACGACGAGGGAGAAGAGCCCGAGGAUGUCAAAGACGAAGGUGCGGCCUACCUGGAAUUCUUGACCCAAGAGGUAAGUCUUGCCCUCCAUCAAGUCAUUCGCCGAGUAGAGAUUGACUUGAGAUCACAGGCGCAAAAGUUUGGCGCGGCGGCAGAUGAGUCCGAUGACGAACUCGAAGAAGAGAGCCUGCUGGAAACACCUUUAGACAAGGUUGAACCGUAUGGCUUUUUCAAAGAAUCGCUUCUCAAUGCAAACGCGAUGGCAGCACAGGCCGUAGCAGCUGCUCAGGCAGCACAGGCGACGAACGGCCAUCAACAACCUCCACCACGGGUCAAUGGCGGAACGAUAUAA